UAUUGGGAAUAUUUACUUAAAAAACGUGGCGUGGAUAUCGUAUGCUAUGAUCAGAACUCACAAUACGCUCCCGACAUGAGAUACAUAGAAAUCAAGGAUGGUGGUCCUGAAGUGUUAUCAGAGUAUUCAGAGAGAACAUUGAUGAUAUCAUGGCCUGAUUCGGAAGAAUCAAGUACAUUCUCCACUGAUUGUCUUAAACACUACAAAGGUAGCAGUAUCAUUCACAUUGGUGAGCUCUUCGGUGAGACUAUGUCAUCCAAUCCAUGGGGGCAGUCAACAUCGCAGAAUUUCCAGUUGCAAUUGGGAGAGGAAUAUCGAUGCAUAAACCGUGUACAAUUGCCAAACUGGCCUGGACAUAUGGAUGCUUUGACAUUAUGGAGACGGGUUGAGUCACCUGUGGACUGCGAUGGCGCCAUGUUCCAGCAUGUAGAUGUGCCUCCAAAGAGAUACUACUGAACACACAAGCGUAGUCUACAACUCUGAACACUUGGAUUAAUAGCUUGAAAGUUUCUUAUUUAUUAUAAAAUGGCUAAUCAUAAUACUAUAUACUGAAUAUUUCUUGGUAACACUGGUACUACUAAAAUAAAGUGAUAGUGUAGCUACUAUAGCAGGGGUAUGGGUGGAGGAAAUGUGGUGGAAAAACUGUACUUCCCUUCACUUAGUUCUAAACUAUAUUUUUUUUCAGAAU